UUAAAAUGGCGCUUGUUACUUUGACAUAUCAAUGUUUUCGUAAAAUUUAUUAUAUAUUUCUUUGGAAUUAAGCAUUAAAAACAAUAAACAUAGGUUUAUGUAUAUCAUGUCGACGAAUAACCUAGCUUCAGUUUUAAAAUCUUGUUCAGAGAGUGAGCUGAUAAAUGAAAUUUCCGAUACCAGCAUGACACCAAAGCAAGUCGAGGGAUCACGAUUGAAACGUACUUUUACAUUGCCCCGAAAUCCAUUUGGGACAAUGAAGCCUGCAACCAGCAAAAGUAAAAAUAGCGAAAAUGAUAAAUCUUUAAAUUCCAACUCCGAAAAUAUUGACAAUCAAAAAGAAACUGGUACACUUGAGAGGAAGUUGUUCAGAAGGCCAUCAUGGAAGAGAUUUUUGAACAAAAUAGCUCAGCAUAUGAGUACUGUUAAUGUUUCCGCCGUAAAAUCAGCCCCAGCUAUAAUAAGUGGUGAACGGGUGCCAUGUAGUGGAGAGCCCCCCUGGCCUCCGGGAGCAACCCCAGCGGCUACUGGAAUUAAAAACCAUGGAAAUACUUGUUACAUGAAUGCAGUCCUACAGUGCCUUUCUCAUACUGAUGUAAUUGCUGAAUAUUUUGUGUUAGACCAUUACAAGUUGGAUCUUCAGAAACGAAAUAAAAUAAACUCAAAAAAGUAUGGGACCAGAGGAGAGGUGACAGAACAAUUAGCAUCACUUUUAAAGGCACUUUGGGCUUGUCAUUAUACAUCUGAUAUGAGUACCACAUUUAAGGGUGUAGUCGAAAGACAUGGAACACAAUAUAGAGGAAAUAGUCAGCAUGAUGCACAAGAGUUUCUAUUUUGGCUGUUAGAUAAAGUACAUGAAGAUUUAAAUACAGCAACAAAAAAGAAAUAUAAAACUAUAAAGAAUACAUGUGGCAAGCCAGAUGAGGUAGUAGCGGCAGAAACUCUAGCCAACCAUGCUCGGAGAAACAGCUCAUUUGUCCAAGCAGUUUUUCAGGCUCAGUACAGGUCAGCAUUGACAUGCGCAAAGUGUGAGAGAACAUCAUGCACAUUUGAUCCAUUUCAUUGUGUGAGUGUACAGUUGCCGUCAAGACUGGCAACUGCUCAGCCAUCACCUCUACCUGUUAAUGUGGUGUACGUGAACCAGCAGCCGCGGCAAGUCCGUAUCGGCGUGGAGCUUUCGCCCACCGCCACCAUGGACGAGCUGCGUGCCGCGCUGCACGCCGACACCGGCAUCGACCGCGACCACAUCAUACUGGCUGAGAUCAACGACACAGGUUGGUGCGUAGCUCGCGCGGGCUGGGAAGCGGCGGGCAUGGACUGCGGCGCGCUGUACUGCAUGGAGGCGCCGCCGCUGCUGCAGGCGCCCGCCGCCCCCUACCUGCUCAUACUGUGGGUCAACCUGCUCGAGGGAGACAGGUUUGGUUCGCCGUACGCGAUGCAGGUGCCGCGCGAGAUCUGCUACGAGGACCUGCAGAAGCUGAUGCUGAAGGAGAUGAGCCAGGUGGUGGCCGAGCGCGUGCUGGAGCACGAGCAGCGCGCCGACAUCUUCCGCGCCAGGAUCGCAGAGGCGCAUCGCCCGAAAGAUCCGGCUUAUUUGCAGCCAGAGCUGCCGCACCCGCUGUUUGCGCUGGCCGUGGAGCAGGCGCUGUGCGCGCACGACACUCACCCGCAUCUGCGGCUCGAGCUGCUGUGGGACCCGCGGCACAGGGACAGCAUAAUCCGCGAGGCGAGUGAAGCGUGCGAGGUUCACGUGUCUUGCGGCACGGGACUGAACCCACUCACACUGCACGCGUGUCUACAGCACUACACCAGGGCGGAACAUCUGGCGCAGGAGGACGCCUGGAGGUGCCCUCAGUGUCAGCGAUAUAUGCCGGUAGUGAAGACCCUCGGACUUUGGUCUCUGCCGGAUAUUCUUGUCAUCCAUUUGAAGAGAUUUCGACAGCAAGCCAAAGGUCGGACCAGUACGAAGCUCACGACAAUGGUUGAAUUUCCAUUAAACGAUUUCGACAUGACGCCGCAUCUUGUAAGGAGAAACACCAGUGUCGUAGACUCGCCCGGUCAUUCCCGAUCUCCUCGGAGAAGACACUCCAAAACACUAUCUAGCACUCUACAAGAGAAUAUGUACGAUUUAUAUGCUAUCUGUUACCACCACGGAGACGACCUCGAGACAGGACACUACACCGCAGCUUGUAAGAACCCCUACGAUGGCCACUGGUACAAAUUUGACGACUCCAGGGUCUCGCAGGUCGACGAUGAGAACGCUUACAGUGAACUCGUUAACAACACAGCAUACAUGUUAUUCUACAAACGCAAAAAACCCAUCGUAACCCACUCUUGUUCCACCGACGAUGAUGUUCACUGGGCGUUGAGGAUGCCCAAGUUCACAAAAAUAACUGAAUCUCUGAACGAGAUAACCGAGAUAAAAGAAGAGAAUGUCGAGGACGGCAAAAAUGAAAUACCGAACGAGCCGGAGUCUGAAACCGACGCCACCGCCCCUACCCAUAGCCCGCUAUCCAGAAGUAUCGAAAGUUUACCAGACGACUCCAUGAACGAAGCGCCUUCUCCAUUGAAACAAACUACCACUACUCUAAUUCAUAACACGGCUUCCAUAAUACAGUCUCCGACGCUGCAACGUCCGUUGUUAGUGGAGGUGAAUGGGAAUAAAACGAACGACGAUGCGAAUAAAAACGAAACGACCGUUACUAUCGAACCAUACAUUCAUAAAGACGUCCACGUGAACCCCAAGAUGACGCCCGUGGACACGCGGCGGCCGCGCUCCGUGGACUACCCCGCGCGCUCCUCCGCGACCAACAAAGAUGCGAACAGGAACUACGAGAGCUCUCCGCUCGUAGCGAGCAUCAAUGGGGUGGAGUAUCAUCCCACUACUGAAGAUUUAAUGCUUUCGAUGUUCCAAGAAUCGAAGUAUAUUGUUCCGAGGCACGGAAACCACAUCUCUGGCGAAUCUCACCCUACAAGUGAAAAAUCUACUGCAUGGAAAACUCGAAUAUCCACAUGAGACCGACUCGUUUCGUCUGAAGGAUGUUGUAAUACAUCUUCAACUAUAUUGUCAAACCUAGAUCUGGAUUCGUUUAGGUGACGUUUAGUUUAACUUAUUACGAUUACUUUAAGUGUAUGCUGUGAAUGUAAGUGGAUAUUACUCGUGACGCGUUUUUGAUAAUAUAUUUUAUCUGCAGGGCUCUAAUUGAGAGGCUUUUUUUGUUUGCUUUAUUUAUUUUAUUUUUAAUAAUUGUUUUUUUUAGUUUUUUUGGAAAAAUAUUAUGUGGCAGCAGUAAGAUUACAUGUCUAAAACAUGUAGCUUUAAUACAAUCAUUCAUAAUUUUUAUAUUAAAAAUUUUCAUUACGCAAUUACCAAAGAUUGGUUAAAAAACAUACUCAUUUAUAAGGAGGCCUCUGAAGUGGCAAAAUAAAUGAUAUACUUACACCGAAACAAUACGAUUCAUGUUUAUAAAACGGACCAAAAUUUUAGACACCCACAUUCAGAUGGUCUUCCUAGUUACACUAAUUAAAUAAUUGGAUAACUAUAUAUAAGAAAUAAGAAAGGAAUUGUAGCGCUGUCUAAUAAAAUCUAUAUUUAGGUUUAUGAUCUAGUGAUUAUCACCAUAUAUGAAUUUGUAUCCUAUGUAGUUAGUGGGCGGAAUAAUCGAAUUAUCUUACAAAUGCCACAUUUGUGCCUUGGCCCUAGGGAUGUUGUGAUUUUAAAAUUAACGGAAAAUAGAUUUGCUGACGUACACUACUAUAUAAAACUAGAUUUGCAUAAUUGGUAUGGCAUGUAAUUUAUGGAUUUAAAUCGAUUAUACGAAGAUAUAUUUUAAUUUAUUUUUAUUAUUGUGAUAUAAGGUGAACUUUCAUUUGUGUCUUAUUAUUUAAAAAAUAUGUAGACAUAAUUCGCAAUCGGUUAGAAAAAUGUCUUGUGAUUUGUAUGUACAUUUUCUUUUAUAUAAAGUUGUAUAUACUGGUCUUUCGUAUAUUUUUUACUGAAAACAAUACAUUGUUUAAAUAAUACAUUUUUAUUAAAACGAAAAGUUUUUUUUUGUAAAUAUUCGGAGUAGUUAUUUUUGUAAUUGCACCAUAUUUAGAUUUGUAUACAGCACAUUAUGUGAUUUUUUUAAUUUAUAGUAGAUUUUAUGUAUUGGCGUUAGAUUUAUAAAAGACAUUAUCAGUGUAUAAUUUGGUUUUUCCAUUGGAAGUGGCCUAAUUUCGUACCUGUGAUUAACGUCAGCAUAUUUGGUACGGCGCACUUUGUUACCUUCAUUGUGGUGCGUAAUGACCUACUUUUUAUCGCAAAAUAACAAGAUCUUCCGAUAGCAUUGUCCAUUUAAUGUCAAUUAAGGGAUUGAUACUAGCUGCGUAGAUUAUGCGUACUGCUGUUAAAUGCAUACCCACGGAGGGUUAAUCUGAUAUCAUUCAAGGGUAUUAUCAAAUUUAAAAGGAUACUUAUGAUCUUUAGAGGUAGAUGGUUUGCUCUCAUUAUGAACUGCAUCUUCCAUUCUCCGAAGCACCAGUUAUUACAAGAGGGAUUUGCAGUUCCAUGUAUUUUAAGUUAUAAACAUAAGCCGGUCAAUCUGUAUACGAGUUUACCUACUAAUACUGUUUUUUUUUAAUUUGUACUGUCAUUUUGUUUGUAACAUAAUAUUAUAGAGGACCUAUUCAUAUUGGAUUUUAUACAAAAAACUUAUCCAUGUUUUUUCCAUAAAGAUCUCGUGUCAGUUUGGUCGUCUUAUCUCUCAAUAUUUUGUAUUAUGUUCGUUGUUUUAAUUUAAAGAUGUUUAUUAUAAUUUCACCACGUUAUCUCAAAAUAUAAGUGUUAUCUACACA